AAUGAACUAAGGCACUUAAGUGACAUGCGUCAUUAUUAUUUAAAACCCUUUGAUGGCGGUGGCUCAGCUGCAUAUGCUGUCAGCUUAAAAACGCCUACCAAUCUGCCUGAUAGGCUCGCGGCAUCCCCAAUAACCGACUGUGUGCACAUGAUACCCCGGUUCUUGGCAAGGACAAUUGAGCUGGUAUUGCUCUAAUUUCUUCUUUUAGCAUCUGAAUUCAUACCAUCACACAUGCCUAUCACCUACAACUCUGUUGCAAUCAAUAUCAUCCCGUCUCUUUGACGAUGACCGAGACUAGAACCAAGCGUUCAGAGUCAGCUUCAGUCACUACAUCCCUCCGCUCUAACUUGCGCGUCCCCCCUCUAGAGGGGCUACUCAAGUUUGGAUCAAAGCUCGCGACAAGCUACAAAGGAGCAAGAGAGCACCAUGUGUCCCAGGUUGGCGAAGCAUCAGAAGCUGCGAAUUCAGGCGAUGCAAGCGGGCUGGCAGCUGAAGUUGCUACAACGUGUACCCCUACCCAAACUGAGACUGAUUCGGGUUAUGGAACGACGUCUGUUGACGGUGAUGCAGCCGUACCAGCUAGGGCGACUCUCACCUUCUCUAGAAAACCCAUACCACAGCAAUACCUAGAUCGUCUCUUUGACAUACGAGCACUAUUUACCGAGUCCCUUCUCGAUACCAUGUCUACGAAACAGAGGCCAACGAAAGGCGCAUCAAUGAAACUGAAGUACGCCGAUCACGAUGACAGUAUCUACCUCGUAAUCCAAUGCGAUAAGCGUGAUGCGAAAAGAAUGCGGAAAUUCUUCGCCCAGAGUCACGUGAAAGAGACAAUUGGAGAUGAUAUUAACAUCCAUGUGACCACUGGGCUUCGGCAGCUCUCGACACAAGAGCUCAAGGUGUACAAAAGGGCUCCCGGAGGAGUUACCAGCGGGACUAUGGUCAAGAUCAGUGGUGCAAACAGGUCGACUACAGCAACUGUUGGGGGCGUAAUAUCUGUCGUGAAGAAUGGCCAGGAGACACUGUAUGGCAUGACCGCCGGCCAUAUUUUGCGUCGAUUGAUUGACGAAUCGACAAAACAAUGGCCUUGCCCUCGUAGUGACUCAGGGAGCGACUCAGACACGUCAUAUGACAGUGAUGAAUCCUCUUAUUUAUCUGGCGAUGAUCAAUCUGAGGUACUCCCCGGGCCUUCUUGGCAACCAUUAUUAGACCUUGGCGUUAUCACAGAGCACUCGCUUCAGUCACCGUCUUCAUCAACGAAUCAUGACUGGGCUCUUAUAACCUUGUACCCUAGACAUUCCAUCUCUAAUCUCAACCAAAUGCCACCUCCUUACAAGUCAGAUGAAGCUCAUUUCAUGACUAUGAAAUUCAACACAGCCACAUCUAUUUCGACUCAAUCAUCAGUCAAGGUUAUCACUCCGACUUCAAGAGGAAACCAAAGAGGGACACUUACCCCAGGCACAUCCGGUCUUCUGGUAGCUCCAGGCCGCCAAUUUGUUGAGACUCACGACGUCGUGCUAGACGAUGGAUGCUCUUUCCAGCCUGGGGAUUCAGGGUCCUGGGUGAUCGGAGAGGCAACGGGCAAAGUAUAUGGCCAUGUUGUAUCGAUUGACAUGUUCGGGGAGGCGAAUGUUAUGCCCUUUGACCAUACACUACGUGACAUCCAAGCCCAUCUUCAGGCCGACUUUGUUGGCCUGCCCGAAGUCGCAAAACAGCCGGCAAUCGAGACGAGCAGACCUAAGCCGCAAUGUUGGGAACAUGGGUGCAAUGGGAGACAAUUUUCGACCUUCAGCAACCUUCUAAGACACCAGCGAGAAAAAUCUGGGCAAGCAGUGAAAGCCAGUUGUCCUAACUGUGGUGCUGAGUUCACGAGGACUACUGCGCGGAACAGUCAUCUACUGCGUGAUAAAUGCAAUCGGGAACGCCCCGGUCGGAACGUAACUGGUUCUCAGCCAUGGCCUAGCCAUGGCGGAGUCGGGCUGCCGGUAGAUCAAUCGAUCGAUAAGACAUUUGUAAUGGAAGGUAUUCGGCAUAGCCCUGAGUUUCGCCCUUACUCUGAGGACUUCGUGGACUCUAGCUUGAUGAAAGACGCGGAAAGAUUGACAAGCGAUAGUGGUUAUGGCACUGACACUAGGGACGCCCAGAUGAGUUCCUGUUCAAGUUGGAGUCCUGAUGUACCAACGACCAUUGCAAUGCCGCUGCCGAGAACGCACACGUUUGACCAGAUACAGCAGCAGCAGCCGCAAGAAAUGGCUACUCUUAUGCCAUAUGGUCAACAGGGCCCUUUAAGCGACAUGAUACGUGGACCAUAUAGCCCACCUCAAGAGAGUAUUACCCAGAGAUAUGCUUUGCCUCUUGGUGAGGCAGGCGAGGUACUGCAAGAUGGACAUCAUAAAAAGCGUCGAACGAUCGAGCACGAUGCUGCGUCCCGUAACAUUAUGAGAUCAGCGGGGGCUGCUAUGGAGAGUGAUCAUCGUAUGCGAGAGAAUACUGGAUGAGUAAAACCUCGGGAAGAAGUGAUAUGCUCCGAACAGGGAGCACCUUUUUCGAAUCAAGCCCUGGUGGCUCGUUGAACGCACGGAAAGCAUCCUUGUGUUUGACCAGGCAUGGAAAAACGUUGGCGACAUACCAUUCUUUUGAGAAAGCAGCCUAUACAUCUAGGAGUUGUUGAUGCUUUCCACAUCUGCGACAUGCAUGUAAAUUCUUGUCUGAAGCACCUUGGGAGCGGAGUAU